AUGUACGUUUGUGUGCCACAUCGCGGCGUGCUUUCAAUGAGAGGCCGGGAUACUUUCAAGCUACUGCAAGGUCUCUUCUCGAACGACGUGACCAAGCUGGAACGGCGCCUGAAGCAACAACAGGCGUGGGGCGAGGUACACGACGCCUUGUAUGCUGCGCUCAUGACGCCGCAAGGACGCAUGGUCGCCGACGUCUUCUUGCAUCUGCCGGCUGGAUCUGCUGACGACGACCCAGAAGUUUUGGUAGAGCAUGAUACGCGCAUCGGCCCUCAGAUCCUCAGCUUCAUCAAGAAAUAUAAGCUGCGGAGCAAAGUCAAGAUCGCAGACGUCACCGACGAAUGGCAAGUGGGCCAAUUGCUUUCGCCGGCACUGGGUCCGCACAGAUUAGCAUCGGAGGCCAAUGCACUUAUACUCAGGGACAACCGAGCGCCAAAAAUGGGCUUUCGUGUGCUUUCUCGCAAAUGCACAAAGCUUACCUUCGAGCCAUCAGAUCGGCACGGAGAAGCGUAUACCAUCCAUCGGAUCUUGCAGGGAGUGCCAGAAGGCUCGCAAGACAUCCUCUUCGAGCACGCCGUACCGUUAGAGGUCAACCUAGACUACAUGGGCGGGGUCGACUUUCGCAAGGGUUGCUACGUUGGACAAGAGCUGACGGCGAGGACGCAUCAUACUGGCGUUGUCCGGAAACGCUUCCUGCCCAUCUCGCUGUAUGACCCGUCCGAGAAACCGCCGAUAGCUCUGCAAGUGAGCAGAGAUUUCGACCGUGCUCUGCCAAAGCCAGGUUCGGAAGUACGUUCGUCGCCUGCUGCGUCCGCUGUGUCACCUACAUCAUCACAUGCCGAAGGAGAUUCCACGCCCGCAGGUUCCAGCCGCGGUAGAUCGGCUGGGAAGCUCUACUCGGGCGUGCACAACAUUGGCCUCGCGUGCUUGCGGCUCGAGCAAGUCGAGCGAUGGGUCGGGCCCUCUCGCGCUGGUAACGCACAGGGCGCGCAGCGACAUGAAGGACAGGACGCAGAUGUGCACAAGGAAGGCGGGUUGCACAUGACGGUCCAGACACCUGAUGGGAGUGUGCUCGCGGUCAAGCCUUGGAUCCCUACUUGGUGGAAUACGAGGGAUGGGCACAGGGAGUCAGCGCAGCACUGA